AUGGGAAUGGGCAGCAUUUGGGCGCUCCUGCUCUGCUGCUGUGCGCUUGCACAGGCGCGACAGGCCACAGUAAAACUCUAUCGCAACAGCGGGACGCUCGAUCGCAACGAAGGCAGGCGACAGACGAACCAGCUGCUCUAUGGGCAGAUCCAGCUGGGCACACCCGGGCAGGAUUUCACGGUCUGCUUUGACACUGGCAGCGCAGAUCUGUGGCUGCCCUCUGUCAGCUGCACCACGCCUUCCUGCCUUUCCCACAGCCGCUUCAAUGGCCAGACCUCCACCACCUUCAGGGGGAGCGGGGACAGGUUUAGCAUAGAUUACAGCCAGGGAAUGGUGGCGGGGCAGGUUGCCAUCGAUUCGCUCACCCUGGGGGUCCCCAACAUGACCAUCGCAGACCAAGCCUUCGGCCUCACCACCAACUCGACCGCAGAUUUCCACAGCAACACCUGCGACGGGGUCUUUGGGUUGGCGUUUCCCGGUCUGGGCCGCCUCAAGAGUGGCGCACGCAUCAGGGUGCCGGCUUUCUACAACCUCAUCAAACUGGGAUUCUUGGACCAGCCGCUCUUCUCAAUCUGGCUGGCGUCAGACGAGACCAAGGACUUCACGGGGGAGCUGAAUUUUGGCGGCAUCCAGUCGCGCUACUUCAGCGGACCCCUCAACCAGAUCCCUGUCAACAGCAGGAAGUACUGGUCUGUGGGACUGAAGGGCCUGAGCGUGGGCAACAAUGCGCUGAGCAUUAAUGCCACGAGCGCAGUAUUUGACAGCGGCACGCACUUCAUCAUUGCCAGCGAUGCAGACGCCAGGAUCAUCAACGGGGCAGUUCAGGGGCUGCAGUAUGCGCAAGACUCCAACAGCUGGAAAGUGGCCGGCGGCUGCAGCAAUCUGGAUGGCCUGCCCACCAUCAACUUGAGGAUGGGCGAAUUCCUCGUGCCCCUGGCUCCCCGGCAGUACAUAACCCAGGCGGUGGGGACUGUCAACAUUGGCUGCACAUCUGUCAUUGUGGGCGGCGGCCCUGCCGGGAAAAUAGUGCUGGGCGAUGUUUUCAUGCGCUCCUACUACACUGUGUACACUCACAAUCAGGAUGCAGACCAGGCAUUCGUGUCUCUGGCGCCGUCAAGUGGCGAUGCAACCGGCAACGGACUGCCGCAGAGGUCCAUUCCCAUUGGAUCCUUGGAGAAGACUCCGGGAGCGGCGACGAACAUUACAACGCUAAUUGCUCCGGCAACCGCGGGGGGCGCCGUCCCGGCCACGGGUAGCCAAUCCGCGCCGGCCGUCCCGGCCGGCAGCCUCGGCGCGCGACCGGCGGCCGGCGGCGCGGGGGCCGCUGCCCCGGCCGCCACCGCCGGGGGAACCCCUGCCGUUGUCGGGGGGACUCCUGCCACUGCUGGGGGGACCCCUCCUGCGGCGACAAACCUCAACUCGCUGCCGCAGGGGGCCGGCAGUGGCGCGCCGCCGCCUGCGCCGGCUGACGCGGCCCCAGCCGCAGCCGCCGGCGACUUGAGCGCGCUGCCGACCGCAUCCAACACAUCGGCCCCUGCCCAGAAUUCCACAAUCAAUGCCCUUGCGGAGGCGGCCACUGCUGGCACAAACGCCACAAUCCCGGCGGGAGCCUACCUUGUCACCAAGACACCUACGGGGACUAUCCUGACCCCGAUCUACACGAAUGACACCGCAACGGCCGCAAACACGACGGCGCUGGCCGAGGGAUUGUCGUCGGCCCCCAGAGCAGCUGUGCCGCAGCAGCCGCCGCAGUCUCCCGGCCAGGUGGCAGCUUCCUCGGUGGCUUCGGGCACUGCCGUGCCGGCCGCACAGCAGGCUCCUGUGCAGCAAACACCCGGCACGGGUGCGCCCGCUGCCAUCAGUGGGACGGGCAAUGCACAGAACGACUACCGUCCAGCAGGCGUGACAGCAGCUCCAGGCCUCAUGGCCACUUCACCUCAGCCGUCAGCCAUGGCCGCAGGCACACAGCAGCAGCAGCCAUCAAUGACAACUGCGCAGCCACAAUCGCAAACAGCCCAGUCCAGCGGCCUCACGGCUGUGCCCGCACCGCCCUCCCCCACACUCUACUAUGCGGUGCAGACGGCCAACGGCACCCAGUAUCGGCCGGUCACGCAGCCGGCUACCACCACAGUGCCGGCAGCAACCGCUCAGCAGAGUGGCCCAGCCGGUCCGGCGGCUGUCAGACCCGUCAUCACCUCCCCGCUCGUCAUCGGGAGCUCUACAGCGCCCGCGCCCCAAUCCGCUGCCGCGGCCGCCUCCGGCCCCGCGACCGCGUCGAGCCUGCCGGCCGGUGCUGCGGCGCCAGCGCAGGCGGCGGCGGCUGAUGCGCCGUCGGAGGCCGCCGCAGCGGCAGCGGCGGGCCCGGCAGCCGAGGGCCCGGCCGGCGCCCUGACACGCGCCAUGGCCGAUGCUUUAGCGCCGGCUGUGGCGCUGGCGCAGGCGGAUGCGGUGGCGGCCGGGGUGGCCGCUCCGGCGGCGGCCGAUGCGGCGGAGGGCGCGGAGCAGCCGGCGGCCGCGCCGACUGUCGAGACCCCAGUGGCUGCGCCGGCCCUGUCCAUCCUGCAGAGAGAUGUCCUGCCGUGAUUUAUGCUGGCUGUUGCUUGCCCAAACAUGAUUUGUCUUGCCAGAAAGGCAGGCUAUGUUUUACUGGCACUGUUGGCAACAACGCGAGUGCCUGCAUGUGGCGGCAAGAUGUACAGGCAACAGCUGCUUACUGUUUUCUGCCCAAAAGCUGCAAAUUUUUUUUCUUGCCCUUGAUGAACAAGUCAUGCAAGGUUCCGAUUCAUUUUAUUUGCAGGAUCUGCUGUGUUGUGGUGCAAUUUAUUGAAUUCAUUUCAAAUGAAUUAAAGUCCACUGGGCGCACCAAUGUCUUUUCUCUAACAAGCAGCUAAGAAUCUAAUCUUCUCAAAAAAGGGAGCACUCUUAAAGCCAAGUAAGUAUCUGUAUCAAUUUGUAUGAUAUCAACAAAUGAAGAAUAGCACCAUAGAUGCACUUGCUGAGACAUUUUAGGUUGCUAAGCAAGGUGAAAUGAUUUGAACAAGCAAUGUAAUCAUAUUUGCAAGA